GCGCUGAGCUUCUCGGCGGCCCCGGCCGCUCUCAGCUCCGCGCUCGAUGUGUAGCCACAUAGUUAUCUGUACACUUCGUCGCCGGGGCUUUAAUGAGGACCUGAGUCGCGAGCGCGUGUGAAUCACCGCCUGGGCUGGGGAAAGAGGACGGCGCAUUUAACCCCCUCCCACCCCGCUCCAUGUCCGUGUGUCACUCGUUUCUGUCCACCUGGCGCGGCGGGUCCUGGAGCUGCUAUUGCUGCUGACGAUCGACUCCCCUCGCGCCUCUCGCCCCAGAAGCUCUUGUGCUCCCACCUCCAGCACUUCUGCUCUUGUUUUUGUUUUGUUUUCUGCGUAAACCUCUGGCCCACUCUCAAAAGGCAAGAUGUCCAGUCAUGUCCCGGCGGAUAUGAUUAAUUUGCGCCUCAUCUUGGUGAGUGGAAAGACAAAAGAGUUCCUCUUCUCCCCAAACGACUCUGCCUCUGACAUCGCAAAGCACGUGUAUGACAACUGGCCCAUGGACUGGGAAGAAGAGCAGGUCAGCAGCCCAAACAUUCUGCGACUCAUUUAUCAAGGCAGAUUUCUACACGGAAAUGUCACUCUAGGAGCAUUAAAACUUCCUUUCGGCAAAACAACAGUGAUGCAUUUGGUGGCCAGAGAGACCCUGCCAGAGCCCAACUCACAAGGUCAGAGAAAUCGGGAGAAAACUGGUGAGAGCAACUGCUGUGUGAUCCUGUAAUGUCGCUGGCACAGGUGUGGCAGGCUGUUGACACUUUGGGAACAGAGGAGACUCAGCAGCUUCCAACACCUGUAGGACAGUCGCCUGCACAUCCGUGGGACUGAAUCACUCAUGAACUCUGUCAUCUCUUCUCACAAAGUAAAAAGAACCAAGAACACUUUCAGUCUGGUCCUUUAUUCCUUGUAUCUCGUGUGUGUGUUGAGCAGUCUGAAAUGCACAGUGGUCUCCAGGGGAAGUAGCAAGUCUCUCUCUGCAGACAUCGCCUUGCUGCCACAAAGACUCCUCCACAGAAGUCUGAAGGCGAGUGCUGCAAGUACAAUUUGCACUAAAAAUAAUUAUCAUUUUCCUCAUCACAUAAUCUGCACGUGUCUGUGGAGCCCAGAAGUUCUUCUAUGUGUAGUCCACCCUGGAGGACACCCAUCGUCGGUGGAGUUAAUACCAGGCCAGUCGGCCAGGGGGAAUGAGAAGGAAUCUAACAUGCUGAGUGAACUCUACCAAAGUCGGCCACAGUGGCUGUCCUCGCAGGAUAUCAAACUGGGCAUGACUGUUGUCACUGCAGCAAUUGAGAAGCCAUGCUUGCUGCUCCCAGUGCUCUGUAGAGGGUGCCCCUGCUGCCUGCCCACCAAGUCCUCUCAGCAGGGGGUUCAUCCAGACAGCAUAGAGGGGCAGCAGUGUGUCCCUAGCCUUAAUGUGGAGGGGCUGGUCUCUCUGUGCGGUCUCUGUGCAGAACCAGUGGGAAGCCUGAGCGGCAGGUCCUCUUGUGUAUUUGAAUAUCAGAAGAUUGAAAGCCUGCACCACGCCACUCAUCCGAACCUUGUGUGUGCUCACACUAGAGUAGAGGCAUCCUUUUAAAGUCUCCAGAUGCUAAUUUUGUUACUUUCUGUAGUUUGCAUUCAGAAUCAGUGCUUGCAAUUGUGUUAAAAUCACAAGCUGAGUUUUAAGGCAUACAUGAUCAAUAGCAACACUUUUAUUUUUCCCAAUAAUUUAAAGAUUGAUAUGCUAUAAAUAAACAAUUUGCACAGCACUAAAGCAUGAGCUAAUUUCAUCUAAACCUGUAAAAAAAGAUUUUAUAUUUUUUUCACUGGGAAGAAAUCUUCCUGGAUGAAAUUACAAAUAUGUGUAGAUUAUAUUUAAUAAAAAAGACAUAAUAAAAUAUCUAACUGUAGAACGCAAAUAUAGAUUGGCGUGUAGCAUAUAGACCAGUAUUCCAUAUCAAUAACUUUAUCCAGCCUUUUAAAAGAUGAAGUUGCAGACUACGUUGUGUUCUGUAUUUAAUGAGGGUUCUUGGCCCUCAGCAGCAUUAAAUGUAAAUGGUCUCUGUGGUCAUCUUUGUUUAAAUGCAAUCAGGUUACUUUAGUCAUUGUUAAUGCUUUGAUGAAGAGGCUUUAUAUGCAGUAGAUCUACGAAAAUAUUGUUCAUACUGAUCAGAAUUAAAUUUGUAUAGAGCAGAGUUUUAAAAUGAAUGUAAAUAGCACUAAACCUUUUCUUUCUGCGCCUGUACUUAAUAGAUUUCUUCUGUAAACUAAAUAAAAAAAAAUUAGUGCA